GCAUCAGCGAAUUCAUCGGACGAUGUCGAGCGGGCAGAAGGUUGGGGCGGCGGUGUUCUCGUCCAUCGUGGUGGGAACGGCCAGCAUGGGCGUGUGGCAGACGAACCGGUACUUUUGGAAACUCGACGUGAUCGAACAGCGCAAGAAACGACUUGACGAGCCGGUGGUAACCUUACCCAGCGACGUCACGGCUGCGACUGUGGCCGACGACCUAGAGUUCCGACCUUUGAAACUCGACGGCAUCUUUGUCCCUGGCUCGACGUUCUACCUAUACCCACGCUCCCCACCCAUUGACAUGCAAGACACCAAAGGAGGUCGUGUCUCGUCGGGCGGGUACAUCUACCAACUCUUCCAACGCCAGAAUGGAACAUCGGUCAUGGUCAAUCGUGGAUGGUUGCCCAAAGCCGACAUGGAAGCGCACAGGGAUGCCGCCCCGUCUCCCGCCUCGUCCAAGGUAGAGACGAUCGUCGGGCUCCUGGUGCAGGGCGAAGAGGAAAAAACCUUUUCGCCCCCCAACGAGCCGGAAAAACGUCAUUUUUUUUGGCUCAACCAACCGCAGUUGGCACACGCGAUGGGCGCGACUGAGUACGUGCCCGUGCUGGUCGACCAAGUGGCGCCCGACGACGACACGGAGCGACCGGCGGGUGAACCCUGUCGCAAGGCCAAGCAAAACUACCUUGAAUUCUACAUGACACCGUGGAAACACGCCACGUAUGCCGGGAUUUGGUUCACGCUGGCCAUUUUGGGCACGGGAAUGGUGGUCACGCGCUUUCGACCGGCGGCGACUCGCCGCGUCAAGCCUGUGCAUAGAUAAUGUUAGCAAACGUUUGUAAGUCAAAUCAAUCCUAUUCAAAUGCA